UCAGGGUUGCCAGUUUGGUAGAAACAGCAGGCCUGACUGAGCCGCUUGAAUUUAGGGCCUAGAAAGGGAGGGCGCGGAGCCUAACAAGGCAACGAAGCGAACAAAAGGAAGUGGCUUUUACGAGCUAAAUGUUUAUGUUUCAUAUAACCUCUUUCAAUGCCCGGUAAAUACGCCGUUCUUAUAUUUGCUUUGCUCGAGGCAGGAGCUGAAGCCGUCGCGGACAACAUGGAUUGAUCAAAGUAAGAGUUUGUCCUGAAUCAGCACCAGUUGUUAAGGUCUUCCCGGGGCCCUUUGGGGCCCAGGAAGAGGAUGCAUCGUGGUGGAGAUAAAGACUUCCAGACCUCAGCUCGAAAGAUGGGCACAUCCUUGUUGUUCCAGCUCUCAGCCCAUGAAAGAGAGUUAGAUUUAGUAUUUCUGGACCACAGCUAUGCCAAACCAUGGAAUGCCCACCCAGAUGCCAGCAGUGCUCGACCCACGAGGACGCUGUUUGUUACCCCACGUCGCCAGCCUGAACCCGUUUUAGAUUCAGAUUCUUUAAUAGAUGUGGAAACUGUAACGCCAACACCUGUUCCUCUAUAUGAUAACCACAAAGCCCUUAGUGUGAUGAAGGAGUGCGAGCGGCAUGUCCUGUUUGCUCGUACAGUUGCUGAGAGUCCGCCGCCCCCUGAUGACUGGGAGGAACAUGUAAACAAGACUGGAUGGACAGUGGCCCAGAACAAAUUGUUCAACAAGGUCAUUAAAGCUCUGCAAGCAGAAAGACUAGCCCGUCUGGCCAAUGAAAAUACUUCCAAUGAGCCAAUUUUGCGAAGGAUAGCUGUGGACAAGUGUGCGAGGAAGGUGCGGCAUGCGCUGGCCAGUGUGAACUGGGACACCAAACUGACACAGUGGUUACACACCACUCUAAUUGAGUCUUUAAGCCUAGCCAUGCUUGCUGCAUACCUGGAUGUGCUGCAGACUCUCAAAAGCAAGUUGCCCUCGCUGAUCGACAGAAUGUUGCUGUCAUCGGCAAAGACCGGCGCUCCAAGCGCAGAGGCGCUGUCACUGCUACUGAAACGGCCAUGGGACCCAGCUGUUGGAGUUCUGUCUCAAAACAAGCCGAGCAAGCUUCCAGGAUCCCCGCUCAUCCUUAUUGCACCAUCAAGCCCAACCAAUCCCGCCCUCUCCACUUCACGGAGAAUGAGAUUCUGGCAGUCACAGCUCUCCUUUUUUGGAAAGGUCAUCCCAAUACACACUCAUGUGAACAGCGGGGCCAAUAUUGGCAUCACCCAGUGCCUAGAGCACAUGUUGGGUACUGUCAGGGCCAAGGUCAUGGAGGUUCACAGUCACUUUCCUCACAAACCCAUUAUCCUGGUCGGCUGGAACGCUGGGGCUCUUAUGGCUUGCCACGUGUCCCUGAUGGAGUAUUUGACGGCUGUGGUCUGUCUUGGCUUCCCCCUGCUAACAGUCAAUGGGCCACGUGGGGAUGUGGAUGACCCGCUCCUGGACAUGAAGACACCAGUGUUGUUUGUGGUUGGCCAGAAUGCGCUCCAGUGUAGCACAGAAGGAAUGGAGGAGUUCAGAGAGAAGCUCAGGGCAGACAACAGCAUGGUGGUGGUUGGAGGCGCGGAUGACAAUCUGAGAAUCAAUUCAGCAAAGAUGAAAUCAGAAGGACUGACGCAGACCAUGGUGGACCGCUGCAUUCAGGAUGAGAUCGCUGACUUCCUUUCAGGUGUGCUUACACGGGCAGAGGGCCACGGUCAUGGCUCAGGUGAGCUGAGAGACAUGGACACAGAAAAGAAGAAAAGGCCUCGACGGGAGCUUCCCUUUGACAUGGAGAGAGGACGACCAUCCUCCCCUGCACUGAGAGUUCCUAUCUCGCCGUCGGGAUCUGAGGAUCUGUCUAGUGUCUGCAGCAGUCCCACAUCCAGUCCCAAACCCAAGACAUCUGGUCUUUCUCCGGCACAGAAGUCCAGCCUUAUCACUGCUACACAGUUGCUCAAGACACACAUGCAGCGCUCCGGCACAGUGCUCACUCACAAGCAGGCUCAAGCUCAGUUUGCUGCUUUUAUGAAACAAAACAUGCUUGUGAGGAAAAAUCUUCCUCCUGGCACUCCUCCUUGUAUUUUUGUGCCGGUGACCUCUGAUCAGAUGGAGGGCCUGGACAGAGAUGAACUGCGGUCCCAUGGCAAGAGGAGGCAGACACCUAGUCCCACUCCAAGCAAAGCCUCCAAGAGAGCAAAGAUCAAGGUUACUAUUGUUUCCCAAAGCGAUUCAGCAGGGGGCAGCCUCAGUCCUGCUGCACAUGAAGUGGGUGUCUCAGGAAAGCCCUUAACUGUGACAAUGGGACAGACUGUAGCUGGUGCCAAGGAGCUGUCUGGACUUCUUACAGGCCAACGGUCUGGUAGUCUCUCAGAGGUGUCUGGUGCCCUGUCCCCAGGCUCCAGCUCAUUCAGCAGCGUGCAGCCUUGCAUGGUGUCGGGGCCUUCCACACCAGCCCAGGCGCAAGCUCCAGCCACUGCCCAAGCACCUUCCGCCAGCAGUCUUCUACAAGGCCUAAGUUUCAGUCUUCAGGAGAUCGUCACCAAAGCUCCUAACGUUCCCUCAACAGCAGCCAACACAGGUGGCACCCAGGGUCCGGUCCUGAGCUCCGCCGGUACCAGCAGCAGUGCUCUGCUCCGGGCAGUGCCUGUGGUCACCACAGGAGGAGUGGCUAAAAACACCGCCAUCCAUCAGCUGCUCACUAAUGGUGGGCUGGCCAAACUUGCUAGCAGCUUGCCUGGCUUGGCGCACAUCACUAACCAGACCACUGGAGGGCAGAAAGCCCCCACUUCUAUAACGGUGACCCUUCGAGGAGCACAUCCGAGUAGAGUGGGAUCUGUCAGCCAAGCUGGUGGUGAAGCUGUGACUUCAGCUCGUACCCAUGAGCCCAAGGUGCGCCUCAGUUCAGCACCUAAACAGACACACUUAACUUGGAGCUUUUUCUCUCCCCCUUAUUCUUGGUUACAUGUUUUUCUGACUAACACAAAGUUUGACAGAUUUCUGUUAUCACUGCAAAUGUUCAUGCAGCCCAUUAAAAUUUUCAGUUUGAUAGCUUGUAAUGGUUCUCACUGACAUGCCACCCCAGUGCCUACUUUUAAAAUCAUUUUGUUGUCACUAGUCUAUAAUUUGUUGUGGAGGCAGUCUAGAAAAUAAUUACCGGCUUUAUUGUAUAGCCUUUGACCCAGUUGUUCACAGUAUCUUGUAGCCUUGUGUAUUUUAGGUCACAUACAGCCACUGGGGCAUAAACUGAGGGCUGAAGGUGCAUUAACAGAAAAACACUGAAGUGUUUGUUAGAAAUGACGCACUGAGGUGAAAGUGUCAGUUACAGCUUUUCUUUUUCAUGAAGAGAUGACAGCGUUUGAGGAAACGGGCAAAAGUUAAAAAAAGCAAGUGAAUUUCUUUCACUUUCUUAAUAUUUUGCCUUCACAUAGCCAGACUUUCUUUUUACUCAUUUUGAGUCCAGUCCUUAUACCUGACCAUUUUCUGAGAAAGUUGUUCGUUUGUUAAGCCACUUAACACUGACAUACGAAGCAUGCAGGCGAAAAAGGCACCUACAUGAAGGGCUCAACCAACAUUGUGUGUACGCAUGAGAGAAAACUUAGCAAAGAUCUAUUCCUAAAUCAUAUCUUUAGGCAAUCUGUUACUAGCAGUUUGUCGUUAAAACACAUUUGUUCCCAUUUCUUUGUUUGAAUCAAUGAAAAAUGUCAAAAAUAAUAUAGUUUAACAGGCACACUAUUUUGCACCACCAGGGUAAUUAUGUACAUGUAUAUAUCACUCAUCAUGAUGUGCAACCUAUGGACGUCAUGUUCUUUAGAUAUAGGAAAAAAUUCAGCAAAGAACUGACACAGGAUCUGAGAGAUACAUCUGGCCCUUGAGCUCAUCCAUCUGCUGUUGACUAAAGUCUCGUCAGAAAUGGUCUCAGUGGCUGUCAAGAAGCCAUUCUUAAGGAAAGGUUGAGAUAUGGCAAAGUGCACAAGAACUGGUCUCAUGGAGUAAUGAACACAAAUAUUUGUUUUUAUUUCUGGUUUAGAUUGUCAUGGGAAUUUUUCAGCAUGACAAUGAUCUCAUACACACUUCUAAUAAAGUAAAAGAAAAACAAUUGAUCACUAUUAAUCAUGGAUUGGCUUCCCCAGAGCCCAGACUUAAACAUUAUUGAAGCGGUGUGGGAUCAGUUUGACAGAGACCAAAACAAAAGGCAGCUUUGAAUGUGCUUACAGAAAGCUGGAGAACUAUUCCUGAAGACUAGUUAAAGAAAUAAGAGGAAUGCUUACCUAAGGAAGUUCAGACUGCUCAAGAAUAAAGGUGGCCACACCAAAUAUUGACUUUGAAGCUUGUUAAAACAGUGCAAAAAUCUUUUUUCUUUUUUUGCCUUAUUUCCAUAUAUGUUUGCAUGUUUUAGUAAAUCACCAUAUCCAUUAAAUCCCCAUUUUCCAUAGCAAAACAUAAAGCACUGAGAGGUGGCUCGAGACCUUUGCGCAGCACUGUAGAAAUAAA